AUGGCCAGCCUUUUCUCGCGGGCCUCGCGAGCUCUCCCAUACCUGACCGGAGCUGCUGUUGUCGGUGCAGCAGGAACAGCAUUCUAUGCAACGAGAAGGCCACUGCUACUUGAUUCGAAAGCCAACGAGCCCUCCAAAACACUCAACUUCCCAAGUUCCAUGCUGUUCAGCAAACAGCUCACAGUAACCAACACGGAGCAAAUCAACCACGACACAAGGAGGAUAACCUUCCAGCUCCCUGGUGGGGAGGGAGAGGUCAGUGGUGUACCGGCAGGAGCUGCCGUUCUGACCCAACAUACCCCGAAGAAUGCCUGGUUCCCAGUACUCAGACCCUAUACGCCCACCUCCGACCCUGACGAACGUGGCGUCCUCCAACUCGUGGUAAAGCAAUAUCCCAAUGGCAGAGCAUCCUCACACAUGCACUCGCUCACACCUGGCGACAAACUCUCAAUUCGAGGCCCAAUUCCCGGCUACACCUGGAUCGUAUCCAAAGAGCCGCCGAAAGAGGCACGAAGCGUACUCUUAGUCGCCGGCGGUGCAGGUAUAACACCAAUCUACAGCCUCGCAAAGGGUAUACUCUCUGCAAGCAACGAGCAAACUCGCAUCCAACUUCUCUGGGGUGUCAACGGCACACGAGACAUUGUGCUUAAGAAAGAGCUGGAAGAUCUAGAACUGAAAUACCCAGAGCGUCUACAAGUCACAUACUGCGUGUCAGGCCCGGAAGCGAAGCCGGAAGCACCCAGCUUCGGCGAUGAGAAGAAGUGGAAGAAAGGUUAUAUCGAUGCCGCGGUGCUGAAGGAGGCGAUUGCGAGGUGUGAGAGCGGACAAUGGGGCGACGAGAAGGGAACGAAGGUCUUCUUAUGUGGGCCGCCUGCUAUGGAGAAGGCCAUCGGCGGGAAAGGGGGAGUGCUGGCCGAGUUGGGCGUAACGGGCAAGCAGGUGCACAAGUUUUGA